UCCAGCACAAAUGAACAUCUCAUAAAGAAAAUCAUGGACUUGGAGAAAAGACUUGUGGCCGCCUGAUGGGACACUAUUCCUUUAAAAUACUGUCUGGAUUUUCCCAUUUCAUUUCUGUUUUCAUCAAAUAUUGGUUUAGCCUGUAUUAUGGGCCAGGGGCUGUUGUAGGCAUGGUGAAUAUAGCAAAGAACAAAACAAAACCUUUAUAUUCCUGGAGUUUUUGUAUUAGGUAGGGAGUUAGAAUAUAUGUAAUCUUAGUUGUUGAUAAUAGAGGCAAGCGGAACAAGGCAUAAAGGGCAGGAGUUAAAGUGUAGGUGGUAUGCGGUUCUGUGCAGUGUUGUCACUUCUGUUGAGCUGUACAAUCAAUGCCAGAGUGGUUGGUGGGUGCUCAGUGUUUGUUGAGUAAGUAGUGAUUGAAUGACCUUUCUGAUGAGAAGGAGAGCUGUGGAGUGGGGCUGGAGGGAAGAGAGACAGAGACAGAGUCUGAUGGCAGUCGUGGAGGGAGGGAUGGACAGAGAAAGAAUCUUUUAAAACGCAGUUUCGCAAUGAUCAAACAUAGGUCUUUUAGUUACAAGAAUGGGCCAUGGAGAAGUCAGAGUCAAUAUAAUGGGUAUGGCCAGUUUAGGCGGUUCACCCAGUUUGCAGAUCACCUGGUGUGAGUCACUCUAAACUGCUUCCUCCUUGUGUGUCUCAGCUGAGGGCUGCCACCUUUAACCAAGUCACAGACAGUCAUUGUGAAUCUAAUGAAUAUGUACAGCAAUCAUGUAUCGACCGGGUGGUAACUUACACUUCUUUGGUUGUUAUGAAAAUGUUUGUGGGUGUAUUUUUCCGUUUGUCACUUUUGACACUUUUAUUUUCUUAAAUUGGGAAAAGUAAAUGAUACUUAUAACAAUAUAGUAGGAAUGGGGCCUAUGAAGCAUUUAUUUUUGUUUUUUAGGCUAUGUUAAAAAUUUCAAAGUUCAUAGUAUACAAAUUGCAUUAUAAGAAUGAGAAUUUUGAUAAUUAUUUUGUGCAAUUCAGAUAAGAUUUCUAAGCCAAAAUUAUUCCUUCUCCUUUUGUAUUUGAAGAUUCAUGACGUCUUGUAAUUGGUCAUUUCCAAAAUUUCCAAACUAACGUCUGUUAGGAUAGGUUUCUUUUUACAGCUUUUGCCAGGAUUAUCCACAGUGGCUGCAUAUUUGAACCCUCUGAUAUUGGGUUGUGGCUUCGUCAUUUACCUUCUGUACCGUAAAAUAAUAUAUACCUCCCUACUGAAAUGAAAAGACACAAUCAGAGCUCUGUGGUUGACUUCAUCCUCUUGGGCUUUUCUAACUUUCCCGAACUCCAAGGGCAGCUCUUUGGGGUGUUCUUGGUGGUUUACCUGGUGACUCUGAUGGGAAAUGCCGUCAUUAUUCUCGUCAUCUCCCUGGAACAGAGCCUCCACGUCCCCAUGUACCUGUUCCUCCUGAACUUGUCUGUGGUGGAAGUGAGUUUCAGUGCCGUCGUUAUGCCUGAAAUGCUGGUGGUCCUCUCCACUGAGAAAACAUCGAUUUCAUUUGUGAGAUGUUUCGCACAGAUGUAUUUCAUUCUUCUUUUUGGUGGCACUGAAUGUUUUCUCCUGGGGGCAAUGGCUUAUGACCGAUUUGCUGCAAUCUGCCAUCCUCUGAGCUACCCAGUGCUCAUGAACCAAAGGGUUUUCGUGAAGUUAGUGGUGUUUUCAUGGGUCUCAGGGAUUAUGGUGGCUACUGUGCCAACGUCGUGGGUUUUUAGUUUUCCCUUUUGUGGCCCCAAUGAAAUUAAUCACCUUUCUUGUGAAACCCCAGCUAUGCUGGAGCUUGCGUGUGCAGACACAUUUUUGUUUGAAGUCUAUGCGUUCACCGGCACUGUUUUGAUUGUCAUGGUUCCUUUCUUGUUGAUACUCCUGUCUUACCUUUGAAUCCUCCUUGCCAUCCUGAAGAUGCCACCCACCACAGGGAGGCAGAAGGCCUUUUCCACCUGUGGCUCCCAUCUGACGUCUGUUACCCUCUUCUAUGGCACAGCCAGUAUGACUUACUUACAGCCCAAAUCUGGCUACUCCCCAGACACCAAGAAGCUCCUGUCCUUGGCUUACUCACUUCUCACACCUCUGCUGAACCCCCUGAUCUACAGCUUGAGGAACAGUGAGCUGAAGAGAGCUUUGAUGAAGUUAUGGCGAAGAAAAGUGGACUUACACACCUUCUGACAGUGUUGGGAACAUUUGGUCAUGAUCAGACUGAACUUUCUUUGUAUUCAGAGAGAAACAGGUGAAAAGAGUUUACAUUUCUUGAUCUGAAUAUGUUUAACUUGUUGAGUUCAAGUUUGCAAAGAUAUCAGGGUCUCUCUCUUUUGAUAAUGUACUGUUGCCUUUGUUUUUCAGAUAAAUACGUUUUGAUGACACUUGAUAUAAGUUAAUUUGUCAUUUGCUAUGUCGUGAAUAUCCAAACCAUUGCUGGACUAUUGUAAUUAAAAGAAAGCUUCAAUGAGCACGCAGUUGCAUAGGUUCAUGUGUAGCAAUGUUUUAUUUCUGUGUGGUAGGUUCCUCAAAGUGGGCCUGACGGGACGAAGAGAUCUGUGCUCAUAGAUUUUACUACCUUUUGCUGAAUAACUUUUCCAAACGAUUGCAGUUCUGUCAGACGGACUUCAAGGCCCACUCUGCUGCAGUAACAGGGUAGAGUUUCAAGGGACCAACAGACAGAUAAGAUUUUUAUUUUUGGAGUGAAAUCUGUUCCAUGAGUGAGCAAUUAAAGGGCAGCUAUUUUGGGGAGAUUGAACCAGCUCUAAUUCAUGGGCUGACGCAGAUUAUAAGUACAAACCGAAUUUCUCUUGAUAUUUUUCAAGAUAUGCAUGUAAUUUUGGUGGCCAGAGAACGACAUGGGAACUCCUCUGAAAUAUCGCUUGACAGUGUUGGUACUUUUUCACUUAUAGACCUCUGUUUUUGGAGACUUUGUUAACGUCCAUUUUGUAGUCCCAAAUUGCCGCCAGACACUUUGUUCAUAAACAGUGGGUGAGCUUUUACUGUGCAAAAGUAGUGGGAUUAAUUGCCCUUAUUUUCAGUGGCCCUUGAGUCACAUUGCUAACAGUGUGGUCUUUUUCAGCAUGAAUUAAAUCUUAAAAUGUAGCAUUUGGAACAUGUCCUGCUUGACUCAUAUUUGACGUAUUUGAAUGCGUCUCUAGUGAAUAAAGAGGCAUUGCCUAUGGCGUCUACAUCAUUUGAGCUCCUACAGUCCUUAAUUUGAAGGUGUCACUCAGCUCUGAAAAACAGUAAUGUAAAAAAUUACACCUGCCUCUGCCCAAAAUGAAAAAUGUAGGUGUAAAAUUGAUAAACUCGUUGUCUUAUUUUGUUUUAUUUUUAGUGUUUUAGGGCCACACC